AUGGAAAACAAAGAAACUGUUGAUAACCCUGAAUCUUCUUUAGAUGGAAAUCUGACACAACCCAAGGAAGUAGAAUUUGGAGAAUGCACAGUUACAUGUGGUAUUGGCAUUCGAGAAGUUAUAUUAACCAAUGGAUGCCCUGGAGGUGAAACAAAGUGUAUUGUUCGUGUAGAAGAGUGCAGAGGACCAGCAGAUUGUGGAUGGGGCAAGCCAAUUUCUGAAAGCCUUGCUAGUGUGAAGAUACCUUGUAUUUUUGUACCUCCAGAAAAUCGAUUUCAGUAUGUUUGGAAAAUGUUGAUUCCAGACCAGCAAUCACUCAUUCUUCCUAAUGAUUCAGCUAUUCUGGAGGUACACAGAGACACUCACCCUGUUGCAUUCGAGUGUGAUACCAUAGAAAAUGAAGAAUUGAUUGCAUCAGUAAAAUAUACAGUGUAUACCACAACUGAACUGGAGACACGGCGGUCCAAAAAGCAAAGCACAGAUAUAGUAUUGGUGUUCGUCCUCAUCACUGGAGUCAUUGUCUGUGUUGGCGUGAUCUUUGCAAUAAUCUUCAUAAUUCUUAACUGGGCUGCUGUAAAACUCUUCUGGCAAACAAAAGUAUGGAGAACCAGAGAUGAACCAAGCUCAAGUUCAAUGAGAACCUCAUCAGGGCAGAUCCCCACCACAGAAACAUCUCAGAUUUCACAACUAGAAAAUUCACCACAUGAACAGGGUUCCUACCAUGAAUGGAAUGCACCACAAGGAGGAGGAGGAGGAGGAGCGGAAGGAGGAGACAAGGGAAAUUAUUAGAAGAGAAGCUAUUUUUAGAGAGAAAGAGAGAGAUUAUAUUAAAGUAUGAACAGAAUAUUAGGAGAACCAGUUCUGAGAAGUGCUUUUUGCUGUCCUGAUGAAACUUGCUUGGAAACAUUGAGACAGUGUUGGGAAACUGCAUCAGCCCGAUUCUCACGAUUGAUUUCUGCUGUUAAGAUGAAUGUGGUUCAGCAGAGACUUCUGCCUCUUGGUGUUCUUCAAAACCAGAAGUAAGAUGGUCAAAUGAGGUGUUACCAGACUCGCACAAUAAAUUCAUUGGCACAUUCUAAAUGCUUACGUUGGCACAUCGUUCUGUGAUAUAUUUCCUUUGUGUGAGAUUUGAUGUAGAGGUGCUGAUAGAAGACAUCCUAAGCAGUUCCAUGUUGGUGCAUUUUAAACAGUCCACAAUCCAGGACAGGCCUUUGUAUGCCAAAUACUACAAUCUUGUGCCCACUUACCCACUGGAAGUAAAUCCCAAUAAAUGCAAUGAUAAUUACUUAGUGCGUACAUGUAAUGAAAUUUUAUGCUUUGGCUCAUUAAAAUAAAAUUGUGUAUAUAGGCUGGUUUUGUUUUUCACACAUAAACCCUGUCACCAUUUAAAAAGAACUUCCUUAUGACUUUGCAAAUGUCAGCAUAUAAAUAAGUUAAUGUUUUAGAGAAGAAACUUGUUCUUCACACAGUGCCCCUUGUUGAUGGACUAGGUGGAGAUGGGGGCACUAUGUGAAGAACAAAAAAGUUUCUUCCUUCUCUAAAAUGUUAACUUAUUUAU